AUGGCGAGUGACGACGAAGAUUUUGUGUUCUAUGGAACGCCAAUUGAACGAGAGGAAGAAGUCACAACUCGGAAGAAAAAGGCGAUAGCAGGGGCCUCUGGUCAGCUCAGAACCACACUGCCAACUUGGAAACAAGAGGUUACCGAUGAAGAAGGGCGGAGGAGGUUUCAUGGAGCAUUUACUGGUGGCUUCUCUGCCGGUUACUACAAUACAGUUGGCUCCAAAGAAGGAUGGACUCCACAAACUUUCACGUCAUCUCGGAAGAAUAGAGCGGCAGUCAAACAACAGGAUAUAUAUAACUUCCUGGAUGAGGAUGAAAAAGCCGAAUUAGAAGGGCGCUCUUUGGGGACAUCUAUGCAGUUUGAUACAUUCGGAUUUACAGCAGCUGAGCUUGCCCGUAAACAAGCUGAAAAGGAACAAAAACAAAGGCCUUCCACUGUUCCCGGACUGGUUCCUGAUGAACUAAUAGUUCCAGUUACAGAAUCUAUAGGUGUCAAAUUGUUAUUAAAAAUGGGUUGGCGGCAGGGCAGGUCGAUAAAGGAUUCUAACCGGAGUUCAAUUUAUGAUGCUCGUAGACAAGCUAGAAAAGCAUUUCUUGCAUUAUCGAACGAUGGAGGAAAGAAGAUUACUCACUCGAAGCCGGAUGAAGAGGAUACUGCAGAUGUCUCAGAUCUGCUGGCUGAUGAAGGCAAUCGGUUCUCUGAAAGUGUUCCGGCAUAUAUAAUCAACCCAAAGCAAGAUUUACAUGGCUUAGGCUAUGAUCCAUUCAAGCAAGCUCCAGAGUUUAGGGAAAAGAAAAGACAGAGAAUGUCCGCUAAGGGGGAUAUGGGUACCCGAAACUCUCUUGCCGUUAAAGGAAAGAUUGGUCCUGGCUUUGGUAUUGGAGCUCUUGAAGAUCUGGAUGCUGAAGAUGAUGAUGUGUACGACUCAGGCUAUGAUUUUCAAGAUACAUAUGUGCAAGAAAUAGAAGAACCUUCCCAAACAAAUAUGGAUACUCUGCGGAUAUUAGAUAGAAAGAAACCUGAUGUUCUGACUGGUUUCAAAGCUGCAUCGCAUUCUGACCGUAUACUGGAGAGAUUUGAUCCUCCGCAAAUUCCAAAGGAUUUUGUUCCCCAUCACAAGUUUUCCGCACCUCUUGGAAGCGUAGAUGAGACAGCUGAAACCCCUCCAGCUGAGGUUCCUGUUCCAGAAGAUAACAAUCUUAAGGUCUUGAUUGAAGGGGUAGCUAGUUUAGUAGCUCGCUCUGGAAAGUUGUUUGAGGAUCUCUAUAGGGAGAAGAAUCAAUCAAACCCAUUAUUUGACUUCCUUCGUGGAGGAAAUGGUUCUGAUUUUUAUGCGAGGAAGCUCUGGGAAGAGUGCCAAAAGCGUGGUGAACAGCAGACGAAGCUCUGGGAAGGGAAAAAAUCUCAGAAUUCAGAACAGCUGACUGCUGAAAGACGUGGGAAAAUAUUAGGAGAAAAGGCUCUGGAGAGAAGCAUGAGAGAUUCCAGCUCUUUGGUUGCUUCUGCUAGUUCUGUGAACAUUCUGCUAAAACUUUCAGAUACCUUCACUAAACCUGCACCAAUUAAUGAGCAACAGGAUUUUGGGAAGCCUUUCCUCGAUGAUCCCGCAAAGCAAAAAAGAUUUGAACAGUUCUUGAAGGAGAAGUACGAAGGUGGUCUUCGAAGUAAAGAUUCAGGUGGUUCUAGUAACAUGUCUGAAGCUGCUCGUGCUCGUGAAAGACUGGAAUUUGAAGCUGCAGCAGAGGCUAUAGAGAAAGGAAAAACAGGUGAAGAAAGAAAUUCCACCAGUCAAGUAUUAUCUGAUAUGUCAGCCUCUGCAGGAUUACAGUUUACUCUUGGUGGAGUAGAGGAAGAUAAAGUUUCACAGGAUGAGGAUUUAAUAAUGAAAGCAAUGUAUCCAAAAAGGGAAGAGUUUCAAUGGCGGCCUGCACCAAUUUUGUGCAAGCGUUUUGAUUUGAUUGAUCCUUACAUGGGCAAGCCACCACCUGCUCCACGCGUGAGGAGCAAAAUGGACUCUUUGCUUUUCAUGCCAGAUUCUAUCAAAACUGCUACGGUGGAAGAACAUGUUGUGAAUGAGCAAGCUUCAUCUGUAGCUCAAACGCAAAAAAGAAAGCCAGGCAUGGAAACAGCUGACAAGGAAAUUCAGGACGAAGUGGAGAUUGAAAAUGUCGAGAGGCCUGUUGAUCUCUAUAAAGCUAUUUUUUCUGAUUCAGAUGAUGAAGAGGAGACGACUACAUCCGAGCAAGUGGAAGACACACAAAAGAAGAUUGAAGUUGCGAACACCACUCUGAAUCGUUUAAUGGCUGGAGACUUUUUAGAGUCAUUGGGGAAAGAACUAGGUUUAAUGGUCCCUCCUGAGAAAAAACCCCUGCCAGAAAAUAAAACUGUUCGAAAAGAAAAUAUCAAUGUCGAUGGAGAAAGUAGCCACUUUUCAAUGUCUGAGAAAAUGUUGGCUGCCCCAAAUUUCGCAGGAAGUUUGACAAAUGUUGAAAAAACAGUUUACACAGCAGCAGAUGAUUUAUCAAGUCCUCAAGUAGGUUCAAACACUGUUGCGUUUCCCAAAACGGGCAUGCAAAAACAUGACAGUAAAGAAAAUCUGAAGAUUUCCCGGGACGAAAAAUACGUUGAUUACUCUCAUAAAACUCGGAAGAGCAACGGUUGGAGUAGCAGUUCUUCUGACGAUGAAAGAGGGAGAAAAAAAUCGAGAAGCCAUGGGCGUAAAAGCAGAAAUUCAGGAAGUGAUACUUCAAAUGAGUCGAGUGAUUAUCGAGAUAGACACCGUUCGAAGUCGAGAAGAAAAGAAAAGGGGAGCUUUCGUGAAAAGAGUAGCAGCAAGAGACAUUCGAAGCAUCACAAACACAGAAGAAAGGACUCUCCCAGUCGAUCACAUCGAGGGUCCGGAAAAGAACAUGAAAGUCGGAAAAAGAAGAAGAGUAAAUAUGACAAAUGA